UUAAGACAACAAUUCUGAUGGCUAAAGAUCCAAACGGGACACAAAAAGAAAAAAAGAAAAAAAAGAUGUUAUCUGUUUUUAGAGUGACAUUAUCUGUGAAAACAUUGCUUGCCCACUAAUGGCUUUAUUUACAUAAUGAUUCAUCAUAUUGAAGAUGUCCCUCCGCUCUCAUAUUUGAAUGCAUGUUGUCAUUAGGAAUGAAUUUUUUUGUGUCAUUCUCAAGAUUUGUAUGUGUUCUGAAAACAUAAGUAUAAUGGCUUAAUAAAUAAGAAUGUGCCAGUCUGACUUUUUGGUCUAUGAUGAUGUUUACUGUCUUUGGAUAUCAUCUGAUAUAAAUUAGUUAUCUUACAUUAAUAACCUGCAAAGAAGCGAAUGAUUGUAUAUCUGUAUAUUUCAAAAUCAGAAGUAAACACUGUUUGGCAUGUAUUAAUCAAUCCAAAAGCAUGGCACUACAAAAAUUAAAUACAAAAAAAAAGCACCCCAAUCAUGGAGGAAGAGGUCUUGAGAGAAAUUUUGUUGUUCAUGAACCCAUCGAUUCCAUCUAAAGAGCUUGAUCGGUGUCUGAAUGGUUUAAUGAAUAAGAAAUGCAUGUGAAUCAUAUGUGCUUUUCAGUAAAACCUGUGGGAAUUUUUGAUAUAUUUGACAGCCGUCAUUCCCCAAACCGAAAAUGGAAUUUUUAUAGAGCAGCGUUCUAUCCCGUCAGUCAAUUCCAUAACUUGUGGAAUCAACUGAAUGCUGGUGGCUCUAAUUUACUAGUUGCCAUGUUACAUCUAGCAUGCAUAUACCUUUAAGGGAUUGUACUAAAAAUAUAUGUACACAUUUGCAGUACCGUACUCUACUCUGUGUAAACUAAUGCUGUGACGUUUGCAAGUAUUUCAGAUGCAGCAAAUGUGGCCCUGCCAGUGUGUUUCCCUCCCUCUCUGCACAGAUUAUUUUUGGUCUUCCGCUUGUCUCAUCAGAUGUGUGACUUGAAAUGUUCUUCCUUUAUCGACUAUGGCCAGCGAGGCAUUUAGAGUGUGCUGUAAGCGUGAUUGGCUUGAAACUAACUUGGACUGCAACAAAGCACUACAGUUUAUUGAGACCCAUCAGAGCCACAGGAGUGACCAAUCUGACUGAAUCUGUGUAGGCACCUUUCCACUAUCCUGCCAGCAAGCAGAAAUGUUCUUUGCCUCUAUUCCAGUAUGACCCUGGAGUAAGUGACCCGUGCAUAGAGUCACACUACACGUUUUCCACUGGGUUUCUGUGCUUCUACAACAACUUAUGGACAUUUGAUAUUGGGAAGCUAACAAGAUAAAACAAGAAAAAAAGGGACGACCACACCAAAAGAAGAGAGAAAAGAACAGGCCAUGGCUGCGGGGAUGAUUGCUUCUCAAAGUGAACCGUGACAGAAUGGUCGAGUUUAUGAGCAAAGUCAUGCCGCACACGGUCAUCUCAUGCUGGCAGCCUUUCCUGGGAUUGGCCCUCGUGGCUGUUUUUGUGGGUUCUACCCUGGGAUGUCCCUCGCGAUGCGAGUGUUCAGCACAAAGCAAGGCAGUUGUCUGUCACCGUAAGCGCAUGCCCACCAUCCCAGAUGGCAUCCCAACUGAAACAAGAAUCCUGGACUUAAGUAAGAACAAGCUGACAAUGAUCAACCCUGAUGACUUUUUUGCCUUCCCUGGGCUUGAGGAACUUGACCUCAGUGGAAAUAUUAUCAGCUAUGUUGAGCCUGGAGCAUUCAAUGGGUUGUUUAACAUGCACUCGCUCAGCCUCAAAAGCAAUCGAAUCAAGCUUAUUCCUCUGGGUGUCUUCACAGGCUUAGCCAAUCUUACCCGACUGGAUAUAAGUGACAACAAGAUUGUCAUUCUCCUGGAUUAUAUGUUCCAGGACUUGCACAAUCUUAGGUUUUUGGAAGUGGGUGACAAUGACCUGGUUUACAUCUCUCACCGUGCAUUCAGUGGACUUUUAAGCCUGGAGACACUAACCUUAGAAAGGUGCAACCUAACAGUUGUACCCACUGAGGCUCUUUCUCAUCUGCACAACCUGGUCAGCCUGCAUCUACGAUACCUCAGCAUUAGCACUUUACAUCCAUACUCAUUCAAAAAGCUAUUCCGAUUGCGGCACUUAGAAAUUGAUAACUGGCCUUCACUAGACCAUGUGCCAGCUAAUACCCUGCAUGGCCUCAACUUGACAACACUGUUUAUAACCAACACCAACUUGUCCACCUUCCCUUACCUAGCCCUGAAGCAUCUUCCCUAUCUGACACAUCUCAAUCUGUCCUACAACCGCAUCAGGCACAUUGAAGCGGGCAUGCUGAUGGAACUGGUUCGGCUGCGAGAGCUGCAUAUUGUUGGAGCUCAGCUGACCACCAUUGAACAGUAUGCAUUCCAAGGUCUGCGGGGUCUCAGAGUUCUCAAUAUCUCACACAAUCGACUGGAUACAUUGGAAAAGGGCGUUUUUCAGUCUCCUGAGGCUCUGGCGGUUCUUCUCAUUGACAACAACCCCUUAGUGUGUGAUUGCCGCCUCAUGUGGAUCCUGCAGAAGAGGCAUUCCAUCUUCUUUGGGGAUUCACAGCCAGAAUGCAGCACACCUGAGGGCAUUCGUGGACGCCCUUUUAAGGAGUUUAAGGAGACUCUCCUGUCUUAUUAUGUUACAUGUACCAAACCGAAAAUUCGUGAAAAUAAAACACAAACAGUUACUGUAGAUGAGGGUCAGCAGGCUAUGUUGCGUUGCAGUGCUGAUGGGACACCAAGGCCAAUUGUGUCUUGGUUGUCCCCACAUCGCCGAGUGCUAACAAACAGCCAUAGUAGAGUAACCAUCCAUAAAAAUGGUACACUAGAAAUCAAGGCAGCAGAAGUCCAAGACAGUGGAGAGUACCUUUGCCUUGCCUCCAACACUGCUGGAAAUGACACCUUGAAGACAUCAUUGGCGGUGAAAAGUUUAGGAUCACUGUAUGCCAACAGGACCCAGUACUACACAGAUCCCAGCAAUGCCACUGCCAAUGGAACGACUGGUGUGACCCUCGGUUUUGACCUUAAGACUAUUUUAGUGUCAACAGCUAUGGGUUGUUUCACAUUCUUGGGAGUGGUCUUGUUUUGUUUCUUGCUUCUUUUUGUUUGGAGCAGGGGAAAAGGAAAACACAAAAACAAUAUAGAUGUUGAACAUGUGCCACGAUCAAAGUCUAACGGCACUAAUGUUGACUCAGCAGAGGGACAAGCCGGUCCUCGUCGUUUUAACAUGAAAAUGAUGUGACUUCUUUUAUAGAACUAAGAGUCUGGAUUGUGGAAAAGCCCAAAGUACAGUGUAUUUUUUUGAAAACAGAAUGACUGAAUCUUCUCACUGCUACAGGAAGAGUGGUAGUGAAAAGACCUUGGGGCAUCACAAAAUGAUGAGCAUUACCUUAAAUCUGUGGAUCUUGAUAUAGUUCUUGAAUACUGUGUCUCAAAUGAAAAAGAUUUUAGAAUGACUAUCACUGCUGGAAAAACUUCUCAGAUGAGUUGCUCUCAUGAAGACCUGGAUGAAAUAAGUGUCAGUUAUCAACUUUUUGAAAUUUAUAUGUCCCAGAAUCAUUCAGUUUUGGGAUGGAUCUACAGACUCAGUUGAACAAUGUACAUUACAAAUUUGUAUCUAAGCUAUAACCUACUUUGUUUAGUCUUGCGCCAUGCUUAUUCACCAAUCAAUGAAACAUCAUUUCCUAUGUUCUAUAUUUUUCAUAUGUGUACGUAAUGCUUCAUUAUGUACAUGUAUGUACAUAAUCGUUCAAAAGAAUAGUUCAUAGCAAUAUUCAUGGGAUGCACUUGCUAAAAUUGCUAUAACCCUGUUCCACAAGUACAUUCUUCAGGCUUUUGAAGUUUCCAUUGAUUCCAGAAGGGCUUCUAUGGCUAAGUAUUUGUCCUCUGCUCCCCAAUUGAAUAAAUAUUAAUAAAUAUAUAUAUCAUUUAUCAAUAGAAGCACAAGAAAAUGAUUUUAUUCAUGAAAGUAUUAAGAAUUUUGCAAAAUUCAGUCUUCAAAAACUUUUCAGGAUAACAGCUGGAUUGUCAUAACAUUGAGUAUUGGUCAAGCAACCUACAUGAACCACUUUUCUGUCUUAUUUUGUCUAUUUUUAUUCCUUUAACUGUACCUUUGCUAGUUGGCAAACUACAUGUGUCAGUUUUACUACAGUGACAUUUGCAUCAUUUUCCCCAGUAGGAAUUUUGGACUUUGUUGUGGUAGUUCUUCAUUUUGUUGUUGAAUCAUUUAGAUUGUGAAAACAAAAGUAAAAGUAAAAAACUAUGUAUGUGAAAUAAAAAAAAAUGUAUUUGUA